GGAAAUAACAGAAUUGUAGUGAUGGUUGCGUAAUCGUUUGGAUUUUGUUUUCUGAUGAAAUUAUUUAGAUAUGACUGAAUGAUCUGAAUGGCGUCCGAGUUUACUCACGUGCAGAGGGUGCGAGCUCUGUACAAGGCUCUCCUCAAACUGCACCGUGGUCUCCCUGCUCCAAUGAAGGCACUUGGAGACCAGUACCUGAAAGCCGAGUUCCGCACACACGCGAAGGUCGCCCCAGCAGAGGCAGACGCGUUCCUGUCAGAAUGGACGAAAUAUUAUGUAACACUGGCUAAACAGCUGGGAUCGAAAAAGAAGACACAACAGAUAGGAGAACAUCUUUCCCCACAACUCAUCGACAACUUCCACGAUGAACAGCUGGGUCAAUUGUAUGAACUCCAUAAAGAAACUACAAAACCAAUAGUUGAGAAAAGCUGAUGGUGUGUGCACUUAGAACGCAUGUGUGUCUUGGUGUAUGAGUGUGACAAUUAGUGUUGCAAAUAGCUUAAAAUUUCAUCAUAGAUCACCCAUUAUAAUCGGCUGGCAUCGACAGAUCAACUUUCAAUUUCGCAAUUGUUUAGAGGGUUAAAAGUUUGUUUUGUUUAACAACACCACUACAGAGCUCAAACUUAACAACGGCACUGAUGGCAGUUGCCGUCGCUGAGAUAUAAAUUGCCAUAGGUAGAGAACAUUAAUGAUUGCACUUUUGUGCCAUCUGUAAAGCUCCUCAACAAUGGCAAAAUGUUUACAUGUGGUGUACAUUAUCUGCCAAUAUUUAACAUUUGCUCAUUUCAAAUAUGUCUACAUACAGCAAAAUAGCCUUACAGUCAUGUUUAUUUGUUGCAAAUGUCACUUUAAAAAAAUUUGCCCAUGGAAAUUCUUUUAAAAAUUGCCAUGGGAGACAACUUCUUACGUUCAAGACCUGCACACUGAUUGUUUAAUCAUCGACUAUUGGAUGUCAAACAUUUUGUAAUUUCUUAGAGAGGAAACCCGCUAUAUUUGUCCAUUAGUAGCAAGGGAUCGUUUAUAUUACACCAUCCCACAGACAGCCCACAGACAGG